GCAACAUGGGGUUUGUUACGUGAGUUGAGAACAUGGCAUCGUUGCAACAGUGGGUCAGAAGACAGGACCGGUUGACAGAAAGUUUGGUAUUCUAUUACGGUGAUGUGUCGUUCGUUGUGUAGUGUCAUCGUGCGUUAUAUCAACUUGCCGGAAAAUUUACUGAAAAGUCGCAUGUCAGCGACGAUUAUUAUUAUUUACGACAACAAUAACGUGAAUCGAAAGUAAUUAGCUGGCAGUGUGUGGUGUUGUGGGGCAGGAGACGAUGAGGGUCGGGGGGAUAAUUCGGGUGGCGACUUGAGGGCAGAAAUGUUGAAAUUUGGUAGUAAAAGUGACGUUACGGUGGUGCAUCGCGCCACUAUUCGACUUCUAGACGACGCCGAAAUUAUCCACUGCGACUUUCAGCCUCAGCACAAAGGAAGAUACAUUCUCGAAUAUGUAUGCAAGCAACUUAAUAUCUUGGAAACGGAUUAUUUUGGGCUUCGUUACGUGGAUCAUUGUAGGCAAAGGCAUUGGUUAGAUCUGGCAAAAACAGCGAUUAAGCAAGUGAAAGACAUGGAUCCGAUUCUGUUCAGUUUUCGCGUGAAAUUUUAUCCACCGGAUCCUCUCAGACUGAAGGAAGAAAUAACUAGGUAUCAAGUUUACCAACAACUUAAAAGGGACCUUCUUCAUGGACGGCUAUAUUGCAGUCCAGGUGAAGCAGCUCUGCUAGCGGCGUGCAUCGUGCAAAGUGAAUUAGGAGAUUAUGAUCCUAAAAUUCAUGAAGGAAAUUAUAUUUCCGAGCACAAAUUACUACUUAAACAAACGGAAGCUAUUGAAGAGAAAGCUAUGAAACUGCAUCAAACAGAGUUGAAGGGAUUCACUCCAGAACAAGCGGAAACUCACUUCCUUAGGUUAGCAUCACAGUUGGAUACAUAUGCCGUUGAUCCACAUCCUGUAAAGGACCAAAAAGGUGCACAAUUAUAUCUCGGUAUUAAUCAUUGUGGAAUUCUAACCUUUCAAGGAUCCCGUAAAACACAUCAUUUCCGCUGGCCGGAGGUUCAAAAAAUCAACUACGAAGGAAAAAUGUUUAUUGUACAUUUAACGAUAAGUGAGGACGUGAGGACAAAGAAAAAGCACACUGUUGGGUUUAAGUGUCCCACGGGAUCGAACUGCCGCCACGUAUGGAGAUGCGCCAUCGAGCAAAUGUUAUUUUUCACAUUACCUAGGGCGUCAGAUGCACCAGUUGUAAGCGGUGGAUCUAUCUUCUCCUGGGGUACAAAAUUCAAAUAUACCGGUAGAACAGAAAAAGAAGUUUUAGAAGAAACGGGUCCGCUUCGGAAAGAAGAACCACCUAUACAGCGAUGUCAAACCACGUGUCUUAGAAGAAAAGCUAGUAGUGUGCCAGCCACCCCCAGUACCCCUAGUCAAGAUCUUGUUGAAAUCAGAUAUUCCAGUUUGCCACGUAGCUGUCACAGCGCAGGUUUGGAUGGUGCUGGAAUGUCAGAAGGUAGUACCGGCGUUCCAUUCAGUUCGCCUUAUUGUCCAGAUAAUACUUUACCACUUCUAGAACCUGUUUCGGAGGACCAAGAAAUUCAUGGCAGAAGAAACAAUGCAGUAGACGAAAAUGAUACGCAUGUGAGAGCCACCCACAACACCACCACUACCACCACCACCACCACUACCACCAUCACUUUCAACACCACCACAAAUCGUGCGAAAGUUAGAAUGAAAUAUCCCAAGAGCACGCAGAACCGACCUCAACCAUUGUACAGUCAAAAAAUAGUAAUAGGCUCGGAGGAAUUAGUCGGGCGUAACAUCGAUAACGUCGUCAGGCAACGUAUAAACGCUCUCGAAAAAAGUCCGAAGGUGAUCAGGUCGACGGCUCUGAUAAUAAAGAGUUCUAAAAUACCGGCGGAAUCACUGAAAGCUGGUAAAGAAAUCGCGAACGAGACGUACGUAUUCCCGGCAGAAGACUCGGGAACGAUCAUUACAACGGUGAUAGACGGUCCAUUCGAUUCUAACAUCGGUAAGACGAUCUUGCGCAGGUCUAACGAGCAGGUAAGCAUGCUCGUCCGUCCUCAGGAGAAUGAGGUUGAUUGUCGCGGCACCGCAACCACGAUGAAAACAGCAAACGGUUACAUUGCAUCGGCAACAACUGACGUCGAAGACGUUAGAAACGGAGUCGGAGCCACGAAACGACGGGAAAGGACAGUCGGUCAACACGAAGGUGUAAUUAACGACUAUUACUUUAGAGAUUCUUUCGAUCAUUCGUCAUCAGAAAGUCAACUAUUGGACGCGUCUGGCAAACCGCACAGUCGUUCGGUGACCCCGGUGCCACAAAUGCAGAAACUUCAGAAUUCGAAAGUUUGUCUUCAACAACAGCAACAGCAGCAACAACAACAGCAAUUCCAGCAUCAACGGCAACCAAGUCGGCGUUUAAAUACUAAACUGAGGCACAAAAAUCUCCGAAUCACGAGGCUUUUCAUUCCAGCUUUUAUGCUUACGAUCACAGUUCUGUUUAUCGUGAUCGUCAUGGUAUUCGAGACAGACACGACGCUUUUCAAUAACUUGCGUAAGACACCAGAAAUGGUGGCUCUGAAGAACCAAUACUACGUCCCUAUUAAGGAGUUCUUGAGGACAAAGCUCGGCCUAUUUUGAUGCGACCCGACAAUGACCAGGUUAAGGUCGCCCUUUGUCACUAUGUAACUUCCUUCAGUGCCAAGUCGAGAAGAUGUUGCCGAGGCCGGGGAACGAGAAUACCGUUUCUUGUUCACACGUCAUUUCCUCUUUCGAUUUUCAUACGGCAUGACGACUUGUUUCUUCUUUUCUUUUUUAUUUUUCUAUCUCUGAAUCAACGCGGAUACAUUGAGUUGAUAUUUGAAGUUUUUAGCUGAAGACUGUCUUAAUACAGAAAUAGCGUAUCAAUAUUGGAAUUCACUAGCAAUGCAGUUAGUUUAUUGUUACAGUAAAAAAAUAUCAAGAACUUCAAGUACCAAUUACGAUAUAUCUUUAAAAUUGAGCAAAACUGCAUUUCUGAAACGUUAUUUUCUGCGAUAAAAAGUACUUUUGUUUUAUUAUUUCUGUACUUUUUGCACUGUUACAUAUAUGUAUAUAUGCAGGAUGCAUCACGAAAUAAUUUCUACAAUUUUUUCGGCAUUUACAAUGCUUUGGCAAAAAGAGUCUCAAGCAAAAUUUAAAUAAUUUUCAAUUGGUUAUAAGUUACGCGUUAUUAAUACUUAUUUCAAAAAAAAAAUUUUAUUUUUUUCAUAAAAAAUCAAGGUUACCUUUUUGCACUGUGUAUUUCUGACUUCACUACAUUGUAACUGAUGUCAAGACGAAUUCAAAAUCUGAUAACCUUGAAUUCAGAAAUUACGUUACGGAUCUUUCGAUAAUAGGUAACACGCUAAUCAAAGGAUUACAUACACGCGAUAACACAAGUAAAUGAAAAUUAAAUUUUAUUUAUGACAAACAAUGUAUUCAAUUAUGAAAGUAAAUGUUCAAAUUCAUUUUGAUAUUGCUGUCGUUAUAUGUUGUCGAAUUCAAGAUCAUGAGAAGAUAGUAUCAGCUACAAUACUAUAAAGUCAAAAAUACACAGUAAAAAUCACUUUUAAAAAUUAAGAUCUUGAUUUUUUAGUAAAAAAAAAGAAAUUUUUUUUUUAAAUUUUGUUUACUGCAACCAUUUAAAUUUUAUGUAAGACCUUUUUAGAAAACCAUCGAAAAUGCUUAAAAAAUCAUGAGAACUAUUUUGUGACGCAGCCUUUAUAUAUUUAAAUCUUAGUAACUUAACAUUGUAUAUCUACUCUAACAAAGACAAAGUGUUUUGUACAAAAGAUUUACAUUGCGAGUUCUCGUGUUUGCUAAGUUACGCAUAAUGUGACAAAUUGUUAGGAAACUUUGUUAUAGUACCUUUAUCAAAUUUAUUUAAUAAAUUUAGAUGAAAGUCAGUUUCUAAGUAUUAUAAUAUAUAAUAUAUAAAUAUAUAUAUAGAGAAUGUGUCGCAGAUCGAGAAAGUCGUAUUUAUAUUUAAAUACAAAAGUAGAUUAUACACAAAUGUACGUUUUCAACUUACAAUUAGUAAUAGACAUCAUGAGCAGAAACAUCAAUUAGUAUGCUGCACAACAUGUUUUUACUCUUUUUCUGUAUAACGAAGCGAUGUUAUGUAUAUUUUAAUUUUCAACUAAAAGCAUAUAUCAAAAUUACUGCAUUUUCUGAUGGAUAAAAUUCAGUUUUUAGUAUUUUCUGUUUUUAGUCUUGUAUAUCUAAUAAAUGCGAUCUUCGCAUUUGUAAAGUAUAUUUUUAAAUGUCCUCGUAUUUACAUUAGAUUUUACUUUUACUUUAUAAUUUCAAAAUACUACAAAAUACUCUCACUCACUGAGAGAAUACAUAAGUCAUAAUCCUCACUGAUUAAUAUGAAAUUUCAUUAACAAUCUUAAUUUACUAAAUUUAAAGAUGGUAAUUCACUCUCUUGAUUUUAUGUAUAUUAGAAAAUGCAAUGAUUGAAAUAAUAUGCAAAUAUACGUUUAAAUUUACUCAAUUUCGAAUUUCAACGCUAGUGUGAUACACAUAAGAUUCAGCAUGCGCGAUCAUAAACAUUAUUCAUUCGUAAAUAAACUAAAAAAAUUGUAAACUUAAAAUCCGCUUUCGCUGUAAACUUUCAGUUGUAAAAUAACUUUUAUGAGGCAAUUUAAUAGAUAUUAUACGAUAAUAUGAAGUGCAAUCGGAUAUAUUAUGUAAAAAAACGGAUGUUUCUUCUACUUUUAUUCUAAUGUUAUCGACGUUUUCCUGAAAAUUCGUAUAAAGAAAAGGAGUAUGUUUCUUGAACUUUGCAUUAGCAUGGAAGAAACAACUAUCGAUCGAUUGGAUGAAAAAAAUCUGUUUUUAUUCAUUUUAAUUUUGAUUUAUUCUUUGAUAAAUGGAUAAAUAAAUAUAAGCAAAAUUCAAUUUGUGUGCACAAUAGGAUGAAUCGUUAAACAUUAAUAUAUAACUAUAUAACUUUCUUGAAUUUUGGUGAUAUCUGAAGAUACUAAAUCAAACAAUUAUCUAUUAAAGAGAAUAGAUUAUAUUAUAUUGUAUAUUUUGCAAUGCUAAAUUUGCUGGACAAUAAAUUUUUAGUUAUAAAAUUUAGUUUAUUAGAUUAUGGAGCAUGAAAUAUUGUUCAGUGACCUAAAUUUAAUAAAUUAAAUCUAGUAGGGAUUAGCUUACAAAUAUUUAUUUGCAAUAAUAAAUAAUAUGACAAUUAGAUUAGUUUAUAAAACUCAAUAUGUUAUAAUUGUACAUUCAUGGAUAUUUAUAAAUGCAUAAAGCUACUUAUUUUUAUAGUAAACUACAAAACAUCAAAAUAUUUAAUAUUACAAAAACAUAGUUUCUGUUUGUGAUAUUAUUUAUGCGAUAACAAAACAAUAUUUUCUUAUUAUACAUAUAUGUCGUCGAGAACAAACAUAAAAUGAGUUUCACCUUUAAUAUCUCACGAUUCAUCCUAUUAUAAUGAGAAAAAUUCGUUUUGUUAUGAGUUUUCUUUGAUAUAUUGAAUUACUUCCGAAAAUUACAUAAAAAUGACAUAAUGAAAAAAAAUUAUCCAAAGAACAAAAUAAUUUGUCUGGAUUUGAGUAUAAUAUGAUGUAAUGAAAUAGUGAAGUAGUGGAAAAUUGGAAUCCGCAUUUUUCUAUCUUAAAUUACAAUAUUUUAGAUUGUGCUUAGAAUCGAUAUUAUAUGAUAUUCUAUUCAUUAAUUUGACAUUUUUAGACGUAUAUACAAACACACACACACAUAUUCAUACAUACAUUCUAUUACUUGAUGAUCUUCAGAAUCUUUAUCGCUAAAUAAUUUUUUAUCUAGUAGUAUUACUUUUCUUUGUUGAUAAUGAAGUGGAAUAUUACAACUGAUAUUUCAAAUAAUUUUUAAAAAAUAUAUGAACACAGUUGAUUAAUAUGAAACAUGAAACAUAUGAUAAAAACCAGCGUUCAAAAAUCAUUUUCUUUAUUCUUGCUAUUAAUUUUAGUUAAUAUUUAUUUGAAUGUAAAUAAAAUGACCAGAAAUACUUUUUUAUAAUAUAACAUUUUAAAAAAAUAAUAAUUUGGAUGAUGUUUAGAUGCAAUAAAAAAAAAAAAAGGUGAGAUAUAAUGAAACGAAAUUCGUGUGUCGGAAAAAAUUUCAAUACUCUAUUAGCGGAUGACAUAUUUAAUACACAGUAUAUUCGUAUAGUACUCUAGUAUUAAGUAAAAUUGCACGUUUUCUUUUUCCAUGGUUUUUGCAAUUUCGAAUAUUUUGAAUAUUUUCCAACAAUUCUCCGAAUACAUAAGAUCAAAUGUGAAAGUAUCAUUUAAAAUUUACAAUGAUCAAUUAUUUUCAAUCGUUUCUUAUUAGAGCUGGUUUCAUAGUGAUGUGUCGCAUAAAAUGCAUGGGCACAGCAUUCUAUCAUUUCAUCUGAAUUAAUCGAAAGAAAUUUGCAGUUUUUAUUUAUUAAUUAGUAGAUCAUUAAUUUUCACAGGUCCUAAUGUAAAAAGGAAGUGAAAAAAAAUCUUUUUGAUUAUUUAAGAACAAAUUUGAUAUAAGAUUUCAGUAUUAACAGCUGAAUAGUUACAUUAUUACAGCUGAAUAACAAUAAAAACAUACUUUCUAGAAAAUAUAAUACGAUGAAAGCAUCUUUAGUGAAUUUCUAGUUUAGCAGCUGUUUCCAAUUUUGGCUAUUUCGCUAUUUCGUUUCUUUAAUAAGAGGUUUAUUUUAUCACUAAAACAAGAAACCAAUCAAAAAAGAUCGAAAAAG